GUCGAUCGGUAGGCUUCUCAUUUUCUUCACAUCCUUCUCUGGUUCACAACUUCGCGCGCCAGCAAGACGAUAGACCCUGGGACACAGGCUAAGCCUUUUAGCGCAGAAUUCUUCCUUCGGCUCUCUUCUUCACUUCUUUUUACACUCUCUCCACUAAACAUGGCGGCGGCGACAUCAGCAGUCGCGGCUCAUCUCUCACCAUCGCUCUCCCUCUCCGUUCGCGAUGCUUGCCCCGUUGGUUCGACGGCGAUGCUUUCCGUUUCUCGGCUACCCAAUUCCGGAUUUGGCCGAAUUGGCUCCACGUUCGCCACUGGGUCUCCUCUAUUGAUAUCUAGAACCGGACUUGUGAAGGCAAAAUCGGCAAGAAGAGCUGCAUUAGUUUCUGUAAGAAGCGAGCAAAGCACCCAGGAUAGCGGAUUGGAUGUAUGGCUAGGACGGAUUGGGAUGGUAGGCUUUGCUGUGGCCAUCACGGUUGAAAUUUCGACAGGGAAAGGCCUCCUUGAGAAUUUUGGGCUCUCGGGCCCCAUGCCUACAGCGGCUUUGGCAGUAACGGGAUUGGUUGGUGUUCUCACGGCAGUGUUCAUCUUCCAAUCCUCAUCCAAAAGUUAAACCACGCAAUUCGACUAGAUGCACAUUGGCGUUUGUAAACUGUAAGUUUGUAUCAGCUGCUCCAGAGAUGCUCCAAAAAGAGUGGAGAAUGUAUUCCAAGAUUCUGAACCUCUCUUAAUACCUUCUUUCCUGUUAAAGUAUGAAACUUUUGUCGACAGCCUGUUUGUGUACUAAACUACAUCUGUCUUUCAUAAAAAAGGAAAGAAGUUACUUGGACUAGACCACUUUCAUUAAUUUCACAAUGCAUUCAUUUAAUUAUCACCCAAAUCAAACGCUCCAUUGACGGCAUUUUACUUGGAGUCAAAUCUUUCGGUUCACGCCCAAGUUCCCACUGUUCUUUCUAUAUGAUCAGUCAAUUAACAGAUAACUUUGUU